GCUGAUUUUCGAAAAAAAUAUUCUACAAUCUGGCUCUCUUCCAAAGGGAUUGGCAGCAAUCAACCAGGAUACUCUUCCUUACUAUUGUCUAAGAAAACCUCCCAGCAACUAGAGCUGACGUCAGUCGUCCGCAACGAUGCCUUCCAAACGCGAUAAAGCAGAUCAUAGCAAGCCAUGUUCACUAUGUGCAACUCGACGCGAUGUCCUCAUCCGGUGCCAAAUAGACGAGACCGGCAAAUGGAACUUCGUCUGUACCGGGAAAUGUUGGAAAGACGUCUCGGGCGGCGUUAUGGACGGUGAUGGUACCGAGGAGCACAAGUUCUACCGCUACGGAGGCAUGUGGAAGAACAAGCACGAGGCUGUGAGCGCGAAAAAGCCCAAGGGUAUCGGAAAGAAGAAGGAAGCAAAUAGUGCUGUCGAUGCAGUUCAGUCGGCGCAUAACGGGAGUUCAGAUGCUGUAUCAUCGUCAAGUGCCGAUCACAUGUCCGAUGGGACUUCAUGUCCCAAUCACAUGUCUGAUAAGACGUCAGGUUGAGGCGGCAUAUUCAACCGCCUCAGCAGUCAAUUGGUCUCCAACAUGAUUACAUGGCUUCGGCUGUAGCUGUGGCUGUGGCUGCUAAUAGCAUUUCCUAUGCUUCUUAACGAUCGGGAUCGACAUGGGCUUCGCUUGCAUCAUUCUUAUUACAGAGCCUGAGAAAUGAGUCAUCGCCGGCUACUCUUAUGGUCGCGUACGCAUCCGAGAUCUUUCCAGCGGUGGCUUCACUUCCGAAAGCUACCAUUCACAUCGUCAUGGAUGCAGCAUUCUUAUGUCAUUGCUCAAGUCUCUGCAGGGAGCUCUUUCAAAGCGCUAUAGUCAAGUGAAAAACUUUCGGCCGCAGAUCGACCUCGUUAUCGGGAUGGCCAAGUCACAGC